GAACGGAACGAGGCUCUGAGGGUGGAGAGAGCGAUUACAAAUUUUAGUUCUUGCGUUGACUCUGUGGCGUUGGUUGUGAAUAUCCCGCGUCUUCCUGGCCCGGGGGCGAGGCGGAGUGUGUCCCCAGAGUCCCCAGCAUUUCCCCUUCCCCCUGUGGUAAAAUCAAGCUGUUCAUGGAAGAGGACACGGAAAUCAGCGCAACACACACAGCCUCAUGCAACACUCCCGAACAAGCAUGACAGCGAAGCUCAACUCGUGCCAAAGAGAGAACAAAAAAUGAACAAAAUAACAAAACCGUGAACAUUUAGUAGCAUUUAACCUCCUACGAGAGCAAGAACGAGUGAGACAAAGAAGGAGAGUUAGUCAUAUUCUUUCCUAUCUCUCUACCUCCUCCUUCUCUUGUAACCAUGAAUCUCACAAGCUUACCAUUCAUCGGGCAGCUGUACCUUCCCUUCCUCCUCACCUCCCUCAUCAUUGGCAUGCUCGUCCUCAUCUUACUUGAGAAGACAAAGACGAACAAGAAUGACGCACCACAGAAAACCACUUUGAGGGAGAACCGAACCAAGAACAGCUCUGAGAACAGUGCCAAGGACAGUACCAGUUUCUCAGCCACUCAGGAACCAGACGAGAAGUGCAAGACUGUUCCAAAUACCCAAACAGUGAAAGACGAGGACUGCAACACAGAACCGACACCAGAAAACGCUACCAAGGAGAAUGUGUUGCAAGAAACCACCACCUCCACCACUGCCGCAGCUGCCACCGCCCACUCCUCUUGCUCCGCCUCCUCCUCAGCCAGCGAGGAGGAGGUGGGCCGGCCAAGGAAGGUGGUGAAGAGGCCCAAGAAGAAGCAUGCGUGUAAGGGGAGUGCCAUCUCGUGUGCCACCAAGAGGAAAGUGACGGCAGUGACGAUUGUAACGGACUCGCAGGAGGAAGAGGUGCAGGUGUCAUUAGAGGACCUGGCGGAGGAGAUCAGGAGCCAGGGAGUGACUUGCAGCGUGCACCCAGCCACCACAACCCAUCUGCCGCCCCUAAGCAGUGACCCUGCUCACCUGCUGCUGCUAUUUGGGACCACCAGUGAGGGGUGCCAGCGCCUUCAGGAGAGUCUAGCGGCAGCCCUCGGUGGUGGUGGCGCCGUCCCCACCCCCCCGCCGCAGCCCUUCCUCUUCAGUGUCACCUGCUGGUCUGCGUCUGCCUCUGGGGAUGUGUUUGAGUCUGCACGGGACCUCAACACCUCUCUGAGUGGGUGUGGGGGUGCUGAGUGGCUGCCCAUCGCCUGCAUCGCCGCCGCUGAUGAGACGGAGGCGGACAGCGAGCCUCCCGUCAUGGGCCGCCAGCAGUACAUCAAGACUGUGAUGGACAAGUUGACCAAGCCGGGCAAGAAGUGCUGUGGGACGAGCUGUGGCACGAAAACCAUCGACAUCGAAGACUUGGCCUCAUCACUACUUCUAUCCCGGGCCGCCGUCACCUCAUAGACGACACAAAGCAGCCCCAAAGCCCUGAGAUUACUUCACGGGGGGAGGGCCGAGGGGUCAAUCAACAUGGUGCACUCACUAAUAAGUAUUCCCCUGGGUACUGUAGUGUUCUAUUCUCCGUAGUGUUGUGAUAUUAUGACUGCCAGGUGAGCGGUUGUCCUUGGCAGGGUAGGUCUUGUUAUGUAAGUACUUAGCGUCCUUCGUCCCGCUGUAAAUAGUUACCCGUCGAUGGUUUGUGCGUCGACGUUUCUUUUUGUAUGAUCUCGGAGGAGUGGAUGUGUGUGUGUUCGGAUGUGUGUCCAAGAGAGGCUAUUAUUAAAGAGUACUUGUUUA